AGGUCAGGGGCUUCUAUCGUUCUUUGCCAUGCCUUCCCCCUCCUCCUACCACCCCCACCACCGCGCCCGCCUCCGCUCGCGCGCUGCGCCGCUCCUCAUCGUCGUCGUCCUCGCCGUCGUCGCCGUCACCGAGCUCCUCCGCAGCCGCACGGGCCUCCCCGCGCCCGCGCGCCGGGCCGGCUCUGCCACCGCCACCGCCUCCCCCUCCUCCCUUGCCAGCACCAACCAAAGCGUGGCGCAACGCAAGAUCCUGCUCGACCCGGCCUUCACGCCGCGGCUGCCGCGGCAGAGCCAGCUGUCGCUCUCCCUCUCCGCGCGCAACGCGUUGCCGCCCCGCAACAGGGACCGCUUCCCGACCCUCCCCGUGGGCCACCUCAAGGUCGUGCUCUACGUGCACAACCGGCCCCGCUACCUCCGCCUCGUCGUCGAUAGCCUCUCCCGCGUCGAGGGCAUCGGCGAGGCGCUGCUCAUCGUCAGCCACGACGGCUACUUCCCGGAGAUGGACAGGAUCGUGCAGGGCAUCGGCUUCUGCCAGGUGAAGCAGGUCUUCGCGCCCUACUCGCCGCACCUCUUCCCUGACGCCUUCCCCGGCGCCAGCCCCGGGGACUGCCAGAGCAAGGACAGGGCCAAGGAGAAGGGGUGCCAGGGCGACCCGGACCAGUACGGCAACCACCGAGCUCCCAGAAUCGUGUCCCUCAAGCACCACUGGUGGUGGAUGAUGAACACCGUGUGGGAUGGGAUGGAGGAGACCAGGGACUUCGAUGGACACAUCCUCUUCAUCGAGGAGGACCACUACAUCUUCCCCAAUGCGUACCGGAAUGCUCAGCUGCUUGUGGAUUUGAAGCCGAAGAAGUGCCCCCAGUGCUACGCUAUCAAUUUGGCCCCGUCCGAUGUCAAGUCGAGAGGCGAAGGUUGGGAGAGCUUGGUUGCCGAGAAGAUGGGUAACAUUGGCUAUGCCUUCAAUAGAACAGUGUGGAGGAAGAUCCAUGCCAAGGCUAAGCAGUUUUGCGCGUUUGACGAGUACAAUUGGGAUAUAACCAUGUGGGCGACGGUGUACCCGUCGUUCGGAGCUCCUGUUUACAGUCUCAGGGGAUCUAGGAGAAGCGCUGCGCAUUUCGGCAAAUGCGGUCUGCACCAAGGCCAGGGUUCGAGCAAUGUCUGCGUGGAUAAUGGUUCAGGAGCUGUGGAAUUGGAGGAUGCCGAUAAGGUCCCUAAUAUCAAAGCUGAUUGGCCAGUCCGCGUCAUUCAGAGGCAGGAGGGGUAUCAAGCUGGUUUCAAAGGAUGGGGUGGUUGGGGUGACCGGCGUGAUCGUGAGCUAUGUUUGAGUUUUGCAUACAUGUACCAUGUUAAAGAUCCAUCGUCAUCGUAACUAGGCACACGGUUUUUUGGCAUAAGUAGAGCCGCUGUUGUAAUAUUGUUUGGCAUGUGCCCUUUGAUCCAUACACGGUUUGUGCUAUAAAUAGCUACUGUAGUUGCCCAUCGUC